AUACUGAAACAAAAAACAGACUUCAGUAAAUAGAACCUAAUGUUUUAAAAUAAUAUGAAUUGAUGUUGUAAAAGAAUGUAUUAAAGUGAAGUUCAUUUUUGUGCGAACAUUUAAAAUGUGAAAUUUCAUCAUAACGUAACUGGAGACGAGUUAAAAUAUUUCAUAACUUAUUUGUUUACGUAUAUUUUAUCGCUUUAAAAUAAUCAUGUUAAAAUGUCUUAUAUAUAUUUUUGCUCCAAUUUGUUUAUCUCUGAUAUAUUACUUCCCUUUUAUAUUAAGUCUGACGUAUAUAGCGCUUCUUAGUGCGUGUUGUAUAUCGGGUGUAUUUGUUUUAACUCUUUGGGGUCAUCUUGCGCUCUCUUCACCACACCAAACUUCUCUGUUUUUACUGGACAACAUUGAAAAGGAAGCUCGAAUAUUGGAAACUGCUAUACGGGAGGAGCAAAGUAACUGGAUUUAUUUAGCUAAAAAACCUCACUUACCUGUCAUCUUUGGGCGAACUGUGGAUAGUCAAUUACAAUUAUUAAUUGACUAUUUUCUUAGAGAUUUUGUAACACGUUGGCUGAAAGAACUCUCUUAUAAACCAGAACCAGUAAUUGAUAAGUUUAAAGAACAUAUUUGGAAUGCGAUACAGACUCUGUAUGAACGUCUUUUAAAAGUUGAUGCUGAAAAACUACUGGCUAAUGAUAUAGUCACAAAAAUAACACAGCAUUUUGAACGAAUUCGGAUAGCCAGAAGUUGCGCGUUGGAAUUAAAUCAAGCUCCUGUUUUUGCAUUAGCUUCACACUUGAUGUCUAGUGAUACUGAAUUGCACUACUUGCGUCAGAUCAGCGAUCUGAUUGUUAUGUUUCUAAUGCCACGUUGCUAUUCAUUGUCUCCUGUCUCAUACCUUGUUAGAGAGAUAUUAGCAUGUAAAAUACUUCAGCCUGCAAUUGAUCUUAUCACCGAACCUGAUUAUAUAAAUCAAAAGAUAAUGCAAUAUCUCGAAGCACAAAAAGAAGUAGAUGCCAUGCAUAUAAGAACACAUGAAUAUGCCAAGACGUUUGAAGAUUACAUCAGACUUAUUAACAAUUGCAAUAAUGUGGACACACUAAAACGUUUAAGGUAUGAUAUUGUUACACAAAUAAUGCAAGCGACAACAUUACAAAAUAUAAAAAGAGCGAAGGGUGUAGACGUUGAUGUGAUUGAAAAAACGGGAAACCAGCACAACGUUAGCAGACAACAAGUGACUGAUGCUAAGAAAUUGAAGAGAUACAUCGACCAACUGACUAUAGCUAAGGCUGAGUGUGAGGAGGCACUACGAAAAUUAGGCUGGGAUGGGGCUUUUCCAGCUGUGGAGUCGGAUAGCAAGGCAAUGCCUCUAGAUCAAGUAAUGGAAAGCGUAACUGGUCGACGAUAUCUCUCAAUGUUCCUAGAGACACUGUGUUCACAAGGAUUGGUUGGUUUCUGGACAGCGGUGGAAGAACUACGUCACAGCGCUAGAAGCAGCUGGCAUCAGCUCGGAGCUGAAAUAUUUUACACUUACAUAAGAUCGCCUAGUGCAGAAAUUGAAGUAGACAAAGAUACUAGAAAAAGAAUGGAAGCAUUUCUACUGGGUGAUAAAGGGCCAGAAGUAUUUUAUGAAGUGCAAGACUCAGUAGUAGACACAAUUCAAGAGAAGUAUUAUCAUUCGUUUUUACUAAGUGACCAGUAUAAAGCUCUUAUCGCAGAACUCGCAACUGAAGAGGCUAAUCAAGAACUGUGUUCAGAAAGGUCUCCGAUCGAAGACCGUCAGUUGUCGAACGAAUCGGUCUCGUCAGCGGAGAGCGCGGGGACCGUGCACCUCACCGAACAUUCCACGUAUGCGAGGCGGAAGUUAGACCAGCUGCAAGAGAGACACAAUAAUAAGACGCAGGCAUUAGCGGCUCUACGAGCCUCGCUAAAACCAGAAUCUCCCGCACUUGCGAUGCUGGCGAACGAAGUGGAGAGGUUAGCGGGAGAGCAAAUGCGGCUGGAAGCUCAUUUGGCGAGAACUGACACCUGGGCUGAACACCUGGGCAGGUGGCGCGCCACGGUUCAUAGUGCUGAGGUUAUAGACGAGUCGAAGCCCCCGCAGUUCGUAAUAGUAGUUCAUAUGGCGGAGCAGGAGCCUACGAAUGCGGACGAGAAACCAGAGCAGAUCUCGACUGGCUGGGUAUUGCUCAGGACUCUCAAUGAAUUUCAGGAAUUACAUAGAAAGUUAAGACCUAUGUGUUCAGAACUAAAAAAUUUAGAACUGCCAUCGAAUUCUUUCAAAUUUAUAUUUGGAAAGAACGAUAAAAACUCCCUAGAUAAGGCCAAGACUCUUAUUCAAAAGUAUUUAGAAUUCGUCUUAGAGGACGAUAGGUUAAACCAAAGUGAAGCUUUAUAUACAUUCCUUAAUCCUAGUUCAGAGUACCUGAAACAAGGUGAUCUACCAAAGAAGAAUAAAUUUUCCUUCUCUACAUUAUUUAAAAGUACAAGUAGUGAUGCGACAACUAGAUCGUCACAGGAUAAAGAAGCGUUUACACAUCUGUCUGCCGACGAAGAUGAAAUAUCCCAGUAUUUAGACGGAAAUGGCGGAGACGCGGCGAAUAAGAAUAUGAAUAAUUCAAUGCGUGGGACCGGCCCCAUCGGCGAAGAGCGGGACAGCAUCGCGGAGCCGCUGUACGCGCUGCUCAGCGAGGUGUUCGACAUGCGCGGGGUGUUCCGCUGGCUGCGGAAGACGCUCGUCACCUUCGUGCAGAUCACGUACGGCCGGACCAUCAACCGGCAAAUCAAGGAGACAAUAUCGUGGUUGUUCUCGGAACAAAUGCUGCAUUACUACACUAGUAUCGUGCUGAAGUCCUGGUGGCCAGGUGGAGUUCUGAGUGAAACGACAUCCAACAGAAACAUAAGAGAUAAAGAGCACACGCGCACGCUGGCGCAGGCGGCGCUGAGCGAGGGCGUGGGCGGCGCGCUGGCGUCGCUGGUGGGCGCGCACGCGGCGGCGCGCGGCGCGCACAAGCUGUUCCACACGCUGCAGGACCCCACGCACAACAAGCAGCUCUUCUACGAAAUCUUCGAGCUUGUUCUUCUAGAAGUUUUUCCGGAACUUAAACGCUAUCAAUAAACGUAGGACGAAAUUAAAAGGGUACAGUGAGACAGAUGAUAUACGUACAGGGAAGUUCGAUAAACAAAUCUUUUUAUUUUUAUUUUUAAAAUAUUUUUCUAUAUUUUUUAAAACCAGUUACAUGACCAGUGUUACAAAUAUUUUUAUUUAGCUUUCUAAAUGUGGCAUAAUGUAAAACGUUGAUCUCAACCUGGCUAUUACGUAUAGCAUAAUACUUAGAUAUAUGAGUUCUGUGAUCGUUUUAGCUGGAAUAGCUAUAUGUGCCAAGACUCCGCUCUCUACUUAUUUUAUGACUGGGUAAUGUUUAAUUACGUACUUUGAUAGUUUGACGUAUGACGUAUCCAACGAUAUUUUGUUAUGUGUACCUGAGAUUUAAACCAACAAAUUUGAAUGUCACUAAUGAUAUUUUUUAUCUAUAACUGCAGACAUACCCUCAUGAAAUAGAAUUUUAUAUUUGUUUGAAGCAUGUGUAGUUUAAAUUCGUAAUAUAACAUUACAAAUUUAGGCAAACUCGGCUAUUGUUAGAAAUUAAUUUAGAUUAUAUUUUGUACAUCUGUACGGUUAAAGUUAUAUUUUCUAUAUAAUAUAUUAUUAUUUUUACAAUUCAGUAUUAAUAAGCAAAUGACAAAAUAAACGACUCAUUCCAUGUAAUCUUUAUAUUAUUUACAAUGCAUUUUAUAAUUGUGACGCGCAAAUGAAAAGCUUAAACUUUAUUAAGCAAAAUAUUAAAAAAAAACCUCAAUCCAAUAAUAAUAAUAGCUUUAUUUACCUUAUGUUAGUAAACUUAAUUUUAUAAUUUAAUAUAUAAAGAUUUCCAUUAUUUUUCAUAAUAUUUUUUUGUUAAAUAGCUUAGUCGUGCUGGCACGCUGGUCACGUCCAUGUUUAUGGUUUAAAAGUUGCCAUUUUACAAACUUUUUAAAUGUUAUGUGUACGAAUUUUAAAAUUUUCUAGAUCUGAUUCAAUUGUCUCAUUGAUAUUAUGUACGUGUUAUGUAUACAUGACGUUUCAUUCCUUUCUUAUACAGCCAUAGAGAGGUUUAAAUAAAACUUCUUAUAUUACCAUAUAAUAAUGCGUAUGUUGGAGUUGGCUUUUUAAAAUAAGUAAAUGUUCAGUGUUUACUAUAGGAGUGUAUUGUUCUCGAAUAAAUAAGAUCUCUUGUAUGUUAUCUAUCUUUUGUAAUACGAUGAUCUGGAACUAUCAGAAUCAUUCCAAUUUAUUAACGUGCAAAUGUUGUUACAUAUAAAAUCAACUGUAUAUUUUAACAUCAUAUACUUACGUAAUAUUUACAAAUCACACGUCAUUAAUAUAAAAAAAAUACUAAUUGGGAACAUGCAUUAUUUUAUUUCAAUAUCGAUUAUGACUUUGCGAGCCUAAUAAUAUUUUUAGAUAUAUGUAUGUAGUGUAUCCCAGGAGUCGAACUCCUAGCGAAAAAAAAAAUCUUACCUAGCUGGUCUAUGAAAUUAAUAGCCUUUAAAGGUCACGCUCAUUAACACUUUUCUUUGAAAGCUGGUUUCUUGAAAUUAAAUUUAGGUUAGUUCUAUAUAAAAUUUUCACAGCAUUAAAUGCAAUUGAUGUCUAACAAUAUAUUAGAAUGUUAGUUAUUUAAUACAUUUUGACGUCAUUGUAACUGAAAUACUUAAUAUUUUUUUUUUCUAAAAACGUUUUUACUCUGAUUGUAAUGAUUUUUUGCUCGGAAAUCGAUUAUGUCGUGAAAUAGUAUAACAGUUUCAUCGUUAACGGACGGUUAACAGCCAUUAGAUUUUUAAAUAUUAAAUAUAUUUAACAAAUAAACAUGUUUCUGUAAAACUCAUGCAUAUUCCCUAUUAAUAUUAUAUUUUUAUCUUUUAUACAAUUUCCAAAAAUUUUUAGUCCGUUUUUAGUAACAUUGUGUUACUCUAAAUAAGUAUAUAAUAUUUUAUAAUUAAUAUCGUGUAAUGUAUAUUAUAUUAAUCUUUAUACGCUGGGGCGGAUUUACCUUAAGCCGAAAAGAAUGGCCGACCUUUCUCAACAACAAUUAGGCAAAACUUGGUUGGUGAGCUUUUAUUAAAUACAAACGUGUAAAUCUGUCAAUGGAAAAAAAUCUAUCUGGAAAAAGUAUAUCAUUAAAUUUUUCGUGAUUAAGUAUGUAUUAAAUCCGCCCCUAUAAAUAUUUGUCAUUGUUCAAAUAAAACCAAAGAUAAGUUGCCUUCGUAACUUCGACUGUCUUCUAUUGCACAAUAUGUAUCUAGCGUAAGUUUCAAUGAUGUAUUAAUUUUCUGAUUAAUCUUUUGCUAAAUAAAAUUGUAGGUACUAAUAAUAAUGAAAUAAAUUUUGGAACUUAUCUUUGAAAAAAUACUUAUUAAGUGUUAUACUAUAUUUCGAGCGUUGACUAGGUUUAAAUGUAAACUAUUGUAUAUCUAAUAUAUAUGCAUAGAAUAUAUUAAAA